GAAUGGUUCAGAUUUAUUUUCUAAAAAGCCAAUCAUUAUUAACCAGGGUCAACAAUAACAUCUUUUCUCUCUUGUGAUCUCCAUCCAUAGGCCAGACAAGAAUUCCAAAUCUUCCAAGAAUUGAUGGCAUCAUCAUCUUCUUCUUCUUCUGAGAGUAAUUCACAGUAUUCAUUUCCUCAAUGUAAGUACAAGUACGAUGUCUUUCUAAGUUUUAGAGGCAAAGAUACUCGCUUAAAUUUUACGAGUCACUUGUAUGAACGUUUGGACAACAGGGGAAUAUUCACCUUUCUAGAUGAUAAAAGGCUAGAGAAUGGUGAUUCCCUCUCCAAAGAACUAGUGAAAGCUAUAGAAGAGUCUCAAGUUGCCAUAAUCAUUUUCUCAAAGAAUUAUGCUACGUCGAGGUGGUGCUUGAAUGAACUAGUGAAGAUCAUGGAAUGCAAGGAAGAAAAUGGACAAUUAGUCAUACCAGUCUUCUAUGAUGUGGAUCCAUCAGAUGUUCGAAACCAAAGGGAGAGCUUUGCAGAAGCAUUGGCCAAACACGAAUCGAGGUAUAAGGAUGAUGUUGAAGGAAUGCACAAGGUGAAAGGAUGGAGGACUGCUCUAAGUGAUGUCGCGGAUCUAAAAGGAUAUGAUAUCCGUGAUAGGAUUGAAUCUGAAUGUAUUGGGGAACUUGUUGAUGAAAUUUCGCCCAAAUUGCGCGAAACUUCUUUGUCUUAUUUGACAAAUGUUGUGGGAAUAGAUGCUCAUUUAAAGAAAGUCAAAACCCUACUAGAGAUGAAAAUCAAUGAUGUUCGGAUUGUGUGGAUCUGGGGAAUGGGGGGAGUCGGUAAAACGACAAUAGCAAGAGCUAUUUUUGAUACACUCUCAUCUAAAUUUGAUGGUGCUUGUUUCCUUCUGGACAAUAAAGAAAACAAAUAUGAAAUACAUUCUCUGCAAAGUAUCCUUCUCUCUAAACUGGUAGGGGAAAAAGAAAAUUGUGUGCAUGAUAAGGAGGACGGGAGGCACCUGAUGGCUCGUAGACUUCGUUUGAAGAAGGUUUUAGUCGUGCUUGAUAACAUAGAUCACGGAGACCAAUUGGAGUACCUAGCAGGGGAUCUUGGUUGGUUUGGUAAUGGCAGCAGAAUUAUUGUAACAACUAGAGACAAGCAUUUCAUAGGGAAAAAUGAUGCCGUAUAUCCUGUGACUACACUACAUGAACAUGAUGCUAUUCAGUUGUUCAACCAAUAUGCUUUCAAAAAUGAAGUUCCACAUAAGUGUUUCGAGGAGAUAACGUUGGAGGUAGUAAGUCAUGCUAAAGGCCUUCCUUUAGCCCUGAAAGUAUGGGGUUCUUACUUACAUAAGAAGGAUAUACAUGUGUGGAGAAGUGCUGUUGACCGAAUAAAGAGAAACUCUAGUUCAAAAAUUGUUGAAAACCUCAAAGUAAGUUAUGAUGGGUUAGAGCGUGAAGAUCAAGAGAUAUUUCUUGAUAUUGCAUGCUUCUUAAGAGGGAGAAAACAAACCGAGAUCAAACAAAUUCUUGAGUGCUGUGAUUUUGGAGCUGAUGACGGAUUAAGGGUGCUAAUUGACAAAUCUCUUGUGUUCAUCUCUGAAUAUGAUACGAUUCAAAUGCAUGACUUAAUACAAGAGAUGGGUAAAUACAUAGUGGCAAUGCAAAAGGAUCGGGGAGAAGUCAGUAGACUAUGGCUCACUGAAGAUUUCGAAAAAUUCUCAAAUGCAAAAAUACAAGGGACCAAGGCAAUCGAAGCAAUCUGGAUACAAGAAAUUCAAGACCUAAGCUUUAGAAAAAAAGCCAUGAAAGAUAUUGCAAGGCUUAGGAUAUUACACAUCAAUGGUUUUCAUACAUAUGAUGGCUCCAAUGAUCAGUACCUUCCCAGCAACUUGCGUUGGUUUGACUGUUGUAAUUAUCCCUGGGAAUCAUUGCCAGCAAAAUUUGAUCCUGACAUGCUUGUUCAUCUUGAUCUCCAGCAGAGUUCGCUGCUUCAUUUAUGGACUGAAACAAAGCGGAAAUUUCCUUUUCUACGGAGGCUAGAUCUCAGCGGCUGUGAAAACCUGAUGCGAACACCAGAUUUCACGGAUAUGCCAAAAUUGGAGUAUUUGGGUCUGGAAGAGUGUAGUAAUCUUAAAGAGGUUCACCAUUCCCUGGGAUGUUCCAAAAAACUUAUGAAGUUAAAUUUGAGAGAUUGUAAAAGCCUUGAGAGGUUUAAAUAUGUCAGCGGGGAAUCUCUUGAAUAUCUAUAUCUACAAGGUUGCUCUAGUUUAGAGAAAUUUCCAAGGAUUCGAGGAAAAAUGAAGCCGGAGAUAAAGAUUCACGUGCAACGCUCUGGGAUAAGGAAACUACCAUCAGCUAUUAUUCAGCACCAAUCUACUCUUACAGAGCUAGAUUUGAGUGGCAUGAAAAACCUUGCAACACUUCCGUGCAGCAUUGGCGAGUUGAAACGUUUGGUGAUGCUAAAAGUGUCCUACUGCUCAAAACUCAAAAGCUUGCCAGAAGAGAUAGGUUAUUUAGAAAACUUGGAGAUACUUAAGGCCAGUUAUACUCUAAUCUCACAACCUCCGUCUUCCAUCGUUCGCUUGAACAGGCUUAAAUUAUUGACUUUUGCAAAACAAAAAUCAGAAGUAGGCCACGAAGAUGAAGUGCACUUUGUCUUCCCUUCGGUGGAUCAGGGAUUAUGCUCAUUGGAAACUUUGAAUCUCAGUUACUGCAAUCUAAAAGACGGAGGACUUCCGGAAGACAUCGGAAGCUUAUCCUCUUUGGAAGUGUUGAAUCUCAGGGGAAAUAAUUUUGAGCAUUUGCCUCAAAGCAUAGCCCAACUUUGCGCUCUUCAGUCCUUGGACUUAUUAGAUUGCAAGUGUCUUACACAGCUGCCAGAAUUUCCACGGCAAUUAUACACAAUAUAUGCAGAUUGGAGCAAUGAUUCGAUCUGUAAUUCAUUGUUUCAGAAUAUCUCAUCAUUCCAGCAUGACAUCUAUGCUUCGGAUUCCUUGUCACUAAGAGUGUCUACCAAUGAGUGGAAAAAUAUCCCGAGAUGGUUCCACCAUCAGGGAAAAGAUAAAAGUGUAUCAGUUAAAUUGCCUGAAAAUUGGUACAUAUGUGAUAACUUCUUGGGAUUUGCUGUUUGUUACUCUGGCUGCUUGAUAGAAACCACAGCUCAAUUGUUAUGUGAUGAUGGGAUGCCGUGUAUCACGCGGAAUCUUGCCUUAUCCAACCAUUCAGAAGAUUUUCCAGAAUCUGCUAUUCAUUUUUUCUUGGUACCUCUUGCUAGCUUAUGGGAUACAUCUAAGGCAAACGGGAAAACACCAAAUGAUUAUAGGCACAUUAUGUUAUCUUUUUCGGAAGAGUUGAAGGAGUUUGGACUCCGUUUGUUGUAUAAAGAUGAAUCUAAGCUUAAGGCCUUGUUACAAAUGACGGAAAAUAAUGAUGAACCAACAGAACAUUGCAUUGUGAAAAGGAGGGGUCGAUUUGAUGAAGCCAGAUGCUCCUCUUCUAAGAAACAAAGGUCACAGCUCUAGGAUUUGUCUUUGAGAAUCUGCAGCAACAACCAGUCUCUUCACAAACUUUGCAGCUCAUUCCCACAAACCCAGGAUUUUAGCUUAAAUAUAGCUUAUUAAUGGGUGAGUUACAUAUCAACAGUGAGUUUUGUCAAUUGAUUCUUGUAACACCUCGGAUUUCGAAGCUACGAAUACACAACACUUAGCAUAGAGAAAAUCAGCCUGAAACUUUCAGUUCCAGGUUCUCACGAGUAGCAUGGAGAAAAUCAGCCUGAAACUUCAGUACCAGGUUCUCACGAGUUGGUUCACAAGUCGUGAACCAGGUCCACGAUUCGUGGAAACAACUUCCAGCUGUGAACCAGGUUCCCACGACUGACAGUACGAGUCGUGAACCAGGUCCACAAUCCGUACUAUUAACUCGUGAAGUAGAUUCAGAGAGUUUCAAAAUCCACCUAGGUUCCCUCGACCGAUAGUACGAGCCGUGAACCAAGUCCUAUCAACUCGUGAAGUGGAUUCAUAGACUUCCAAAAUCUACCUAGAUUUCCACGAUUGAAAGUACGAGUCGUGAACCAGGUCCACAUUUGUACUAUCAGACCAAGAGUCGUGGAGUGACUCGUGGGUCACUAGUUCCAAGAAUUUCAAAACAUGUUUCCAAGGGUAUUUUCGUCCUUUUCUUGUUUUCCUAAGCCUAUACCACGAUGUUUUAACACCAAUUAGGGGAGUAUAUCACGUUAUUUCAAUCAGUUCUCUCUUAUUCUACACUCUCAACCAAGCCAUUCCAAUCAAGUUCUGCUCCAGAACUCUUGUUCUCUCGGGUAUGUAAGGCUUCAAUAAGAGUAUUUUUUCAUUUUCAUGCCAAAGUUUUAUUUUCUUUCAAACGAUUACUACAUAUUUUUAGAAUUCAAGUUAGGAUUUUUACACAGAUCAUGUAAGUUCAUCAUAGGUUUCAGUUUUGUUGAUUUGCUUGGUUUUAAAUCCAUAUUGAACUUGAUUAGCAUGCUUUUUACCGCUUUUUAUAACCGUGAUGGCUUCAAGCAGUGGCGGACCCAGGAUUUUAAAUAAGGGGGUUCAAAAUCUAAAUAACUAGACACACGAGCUAGUCGAAGGGGGUUCGACAUCUACUUUAUAUACAUAAAAAAUUAUUUUAACCAUAUAUAAAUAGUACAAUUUUCCGCCGAAGGAGGUUCGGAUGAACCCCCUCGGCAUAAGGUGGAUCCGCCACUGGCUUCAAGCAUGAACUUACCAUGAAAUUAGCAUGAUACAGAUUUCGAUUUCAGUACAAAUUAUUGAAAAGAUAUUUUUCUUAGUAAAGCCUCACACUUGAUUUAGACAGACACCUAAUUUAUUUACCUAUGAGCAUAUCAAUAUACCGAGAGAACGCGGGUUCUGAAAACCCAAUUCCUAUAACUACAUGUCACCGUAGGAUUUGAGCACACCUCUAGUCGGUCAACUCCUUUAGUCCAAGAGGCUCAGUAGAGGAUCCACAUUAAACACACAUUAUACCUUGGCAAGGUAUAGGGAUAUACGUUGGACAGUGAGCUCGCAUGGUGUAUAUUGGUCGUAAGAAACUCCCCUGUAACAAUAUUACUUUUCUAUUCAUUUGGAUUUUCAGUGUGAUUCCUUAGAUUAGCAGUUUAGAAAUAUUAUCAGUCCAUAGCUAUAGAAACAAAUUUAUUUUACAGAUUUAUUUUUAAAGUAGUUUCUCAGAUGAUCUUUAUACACUGAUUUUAAGACGUUCCUUUAUCCAUUUUCAUAUAUUCAUUAUUAUUGAAACUCAUCAGUCUUUGAAAUCAUGUUGUUACUAGAAAAAAAAUAUGUUUAGUGUCACCUUACGUACUCAGUACAUUCCACGUACUGAUCGCAUACUUUUCUGUGUG